AUGCUCGGUCGCAUUGGGGGCCAGACGCUUCGCUGCGCCAUCAGAAGACCAGUUUCUCGUCGUCUAUGCGAUCGCAAGUGCUUUGCGUCCAGCGCCAAUGGUUCUGCGACUGCGCCAUCCACAUCCUCGCCGCUGGGGGCCAUCACCGUCGAACUCGAUCGUGUUGCGCCGCGAUUUGAGGUCCCAGCAUCUCAAAUUACGAUCUUGGAUUCUCCGGCCAAUUUCUAUACAGCUCUGAAGAACAAAAUUCGCAACGCCCGUCGCCGCAUCUAUCUCUCGACAUUGUACAUUGGCAAGACUGAAUACGAACUUAUUGAGACCAUCAAUCAAGCCCUGCGCGACAACCCGAAGCUCAAAGUAUCCAUCCUGACCGAUGCGCUGCGAGGCACUCGCGAGACGCCAAAUCCGUCGUGCGCUUCUCUUCUCUGUUCGCUUGUCGCAGAACAUGGGCCGGAACGAGUUGAUAUUCGAAUGUUUCACACGCCAAAUCUUACAGGACUGAGAAAGAAGUGGAUUCCUCGGAGGAUUAAUGAGGGAUGGGGUUUGCAGCACAUGAAAUUAUAUGGUAUUGACGAUGAGAUCAUUCUUUCGGGAGCGAACUUGUCCCAGGACUACUUCACAAACCGUUUGGAUCGAUACCAUGUGUUCAAUUCCAAGGCGUUGACGGACUACUACGCCGACAUCCAUCAUGCGGUCUGCAACCUGAGCUUCAAGGUCUUGCCGGACCCUCACAACCAUUCAGGCUAUCUUUUGGAUUGGCCUACCUCUAAUGGAGCACCAUCGCCGCUCAACAGCCCUGAGGAUUUCAUUGCAUAUGCAUCCACGGUGCUCAAUCCACUCAUCCAACCAUCCGAGCAAAAACCAGCCCUUCCAUCCUCAUCAAGUCAGACAUUCGUAUACCCCGUCUCACAGUUCACUCCACUCUUGAAACCCGACACCUCCACCGAAUAUCCAGCCGUCACCAGCGUCCUGCGCCUGCUGUCCGAAUCUUCAACAUUCACAGGCGCCCGGUGGCUUUUCACAGCCGGCUACUUUAACAUCCACCCCGUUCUCUCCUCCCUCCUUAUCUCCAGCACAUCUACCAGCUCGGAUGCCGCAUCCACCACCCAGGGAACAGUCCUAACCGCCUCGCCUUGGGCCAAUGGAUUCUAUGGCUCCCCAGGCAUAUCCGGCAUGCUCCCCGCGGCUUACACGCAUCUUUCAGCUCGCUUCCUCGACCGCGUCGCCGAGGCCCAGCGCACAAACUCCAUCCAGUUGAAGGAAUGGCGCCGCGGCACAGUCGGCACGCCAGACGGAUGGACCUACCAUGCCAAGGGUCUAUGGAUCACCCUCCCGCGCGAGGAGCAUCCCAGUCUCACGUUCGUCGGGAGCAGCAACUAUACCAAGCGCAGCUACAGUCUUGAUAUUGAGAUUGGUGCUUUGGUCGUCACGAAUGAUCAGGAUCUGAAGCGAAAACUUGGUGAGGAGACCGAGUGGCUUCAGAAAGACGCAAAGACUAUCUCGCGUGAAGACCUGAGACGCACUGAGCGCCGCGUUGGGUGGAAUGUUCGGCUCGCUAUGUGGAUUGUGGAGAAGGUUGGUGGUGCGCUUUAG